AUGUCCGCUCCCAACAACGCUGAGUACCGCGAGGCCUUUGCGCUCUUUGACAAGAAGGGCACCGGAGAGGUUCCCCGCGAGUCCCUCGGCGAGCUCCUCCGCUCGCUCGGCCAGAACCCCACCCAGGCCGAGGUCUCCGCCCUCGAGCGUGAGAUCGGUGCUACCUUCAACUACGACCAGUUCCUCCAGAUCCUUAACCGUCCUGACGGCUGGAAGCCAGCCGGAACUGCAGACGAGUUCAUCAAGGGCUUCCAGGUGUUUGACAAGGCCGGAAACGGAUUCAUCGGUGCCGGAGAGCUGCGCUACGUUCUGACGCAGCUCGGCGAGAAGAUGACCGACGAGGAGGUCGACGAGCUCCUCAAGGGAUUCCCUGUUACCGACGGCCAGAUCAACUACCACUCGUUUGUGCGUUCGAUCCUUGCGCAAUAA